GAGGUAGGAUACAGUAGAUGGCGGUAGUGUAACUUUAAGGAUGCGAGUCGCCGUAAAACACUAAAGAAGAAGAAGGUGAACACCACCGAAGAAGAAAAAGACCAGGCGGAAAUCUUUGAGAUCUGUUGUCUUUGUUCUGUUCUUAGAGCAGAAAGCUACUGGAUUCAAGGAACCGAGACUAAAAUGGAUCAGUACAAACUGGAAAUGAAAGAAGAGGACGUGGACGUCUAUCAAGAACAGAAGCAGAGCGAUACGGAGCAGCAGGACCCGAGUUUAACUGAGCAAAACCGGUCCGUCAGCGAAAUAAAGGAGGAGCAGAAGGACCCGAGUUUAACCGACCAGGACCGGUCCAUUAGUGGAAUAAAGAAGGAGCAGCAGGACCGUGACCACGCUGGUCCCACAGAUCAACAGGGACACGGAGGAAGAAGAGCUUCAAGGCUGUAUCUCUGUCAGCAAUAUAGCCAGGCCUUUACCAGACAGUCAGAGCUAGAGAAUCUUCAAAAUGUUCACUCCAGAGAGAAACCAAGGGGGGCAGGGUUCCACAGGUCAAAGGAUCUGAAAAUUAACUGUUGUGUUCACACGGCAGAGAAACGUCACUCCUGUGAACAGUGUGGAAAGACAUUUUCUACUAGAAGUACUUUACUGAGACACCAACAUGUUCACACUGGAGAGAAACCUUAUUCAUGUGAACAGUGUGGAAAAGCAUUUUCUUACCUCAGUAGUUUAGUGGCACACCAACAUGUUCACACUGGAGAGAAACCCUUUUCAUGUGAACAGUGUGGAAAAGCAUUUUCUCAAUACAGUACUUUACAGGCACACAAACGCAUUCACACUGGAGAGAAACCUUAUUCAUGUGAACAGUGUGGAAAAGCAUUCUCUCGACACAGUACUUUACGGGUACACAGACGCAUUCACACUGGAGAAAAACUUCAUUCAUGUGAACAGUGUGGAAAAGCAUUUUCUCAACACAGUGAUUUAGUAACACACAAACGCAUUCACACUGGAGAGAAACCUUAUUCAUGUGAACAGUGUGGAAAAGCAUUCUCUCGACGCAGUCAUUUACGGACACACCAACGUGUUCACACUGGAGAGAAACCUCAUUCAUGUGAACAGUGUGGAAAAGCAUUUUCUCAACACAGUAAUUUACAGGCACACAAACGCAUUCACACUAGAGAGAAACCUUAUUCAUGUGAACAGUGUGGAAAAGCAUGUUCUCAACUCAUUAAUUUAGUGGCACACCAACGUGUUCACACUGGAGAGAAACCUUAUUCAUGUAAACAGUGUGGAAUAGCAUUCUCUCAACUCAGUAAUUUACAGGCACACAAACGCAUUCACACUAAAGAGAAACCUUAUUCAUGUGAACAGUGUGGAAAAGCAUUUUCUCAACACAGUAAUUUACAGGCACACAAACGCAUUCACACUGGAGAGAAACCUUAUUCAUGUGUACAGUGUGAAAAAGCAUUCUUUCGACACCGUAGUUUACAGGCACACCAACGUGUUCACACUAGAGAGAAACCUUAAUUAUGUAAACAGUGUUGAAAUGAAUUCUCUCGACACCAUAGUUUACAGGUGAUCACCCUAUUCAUGUGAACAGUGAGGAAAAGUGUUCUCUCACAGCAGUAAUUUGCUCAAACAUGUGUUCACACUGGAGACAAAACUGCAAAGUGCAGAGAAGUGUUUUUGCACCUCAAACCAAGUGUUCACGCUGGCCAAAGAUCCUAUUUAUGCGAAAAACAUUUUUGGCCUAAAAACGCUAACACAUGGUUGAAAGGACUCCCAGCCACUAAUAAUGACCGAUUGCAUUUUAUGGCCUUGGUACAAAAAAAACGAGACCAAAUGGUGGACCAAUCAAUUCAAAUCAAUUCAGACAAGGUCUUUCGGGGGGCUAGAAAGUCACAGCAUGCUUGAGCAAAGUCCCAAAACGUAAGAAUAACAGAAUAGGGUCGGUUCACCUGUAAAAUAGUUUUCAUAAGCAGUCUCUUCUUUUAAUUAUUUUCCUGCAUUAAACAGGGCACAUACCUGUCUCCAGACGGAGGCCUGUAACAAUUGCAGCACAUUUCAACAGGACAAAACUUGAUCCACCGCUCCCUGCCUGUAUCUGCUCGAAAGCCGAUAGCUUUUUGCGUUUUCCCCAUACAGGUGUGUGUUUGCAGCAGACUGCAGCAACACAUUUCAAGGGAACAGUGGCUCAGUCGACUGGCUGAAGUCGUUAGAAUAGCUAGCUACUAGCUUGACACACGACGGUUACUACAUUUAAUAUGUUAGUUUGGCAGGCGGCACGGUGGUUUUCCGGCUUCCUCCCAUGGUCCCAAAACAUGCAUUAGGUUGAUGGUUGUUUGUCUAUGUGUUGCGAUAGACUGCCGACCUGUCCAGGAUGUACCCCCUUUAAUCCCCGUACGAGAUUAAGCGAUAGAAGAUGGAUGGAAUAUGUUAGUUUGCUUGUUUAAAGCGAUGUGGGUAUAGAUUUCUACAAAAUAACGUGAGCCCAGCAUUUUAGCACUCUUGUUCUCGAAACAGUCCAAGAUGAAAUUAAGUCCACAUACAUACAAAUGCUGAGGUGUGUGGCUGUGGAAGUUUAUGGCCCCUUCACUCUGAGACGCCAGUAGUACCAGGUGGAAAAAUGGAAACAUCUCCACAGGGAUAAAGUGGUACCUGCAAUUUGAUUGGACUAAAGAGACAUUCCACUCUGCCAGAUAAAGGGACAAAAAGGUGAAACAACUUGAUGAUCAUGUAAUCUUUACCUCCAUGGUGUAUGUUCUGAUCUCCCCAGAUGGUUUUUGAUUUGCCUUCACCAUUAUAUUUUACUUUUCUUUGUUAUUACAAUAAAUUGCACAAAAAACAA